AUGGCUAAGAACCUCCGCGCCAAGAUUCCCCAAUCCGAUACACUGAUCAUCCGCGAUGUGAACGAAGCUGCCUCCAAGAGAUUCGUCGAGGAGACUCAAACAAUUGCGCAAGAGAAUGGGCUCGCGCCUGAUGCCAUGAAGGUUCUUGUUGCCCAAAGUCCUAGAGAGCUGGCAGAGCAGUCGACUGUCGUGAUAACUAGUCUCCCUGAGCCGGAACACGUCAAGGGUGUCUUUCAUUGUAUUCUACGGCCCGGGGAGCUCCCCGUCCUGGAACAAGAGCGAUUGUUUAUUGAUACCUCCACAAUCGACCCCGCAUCCAGCAAGGAAUUGGCCAAUGCCAUCCACACGACACGCCAGGGGCGAUUUGUGGAUGCGCCCAUGUCGGGUGGUGUUGUCGGCGCCCGCGCGGGUACGCUGUCGUUCAUGUUUGGCGCGUCGUCACAGACCGGCGAGCUCAUUGAGCGCGUAAGGUCGGUGUUGAUGCUCAUGGGAAAGAAGGCGUGGCACAUGGGGCCUCCUGGUACUGGCGUGUCCGCAAAACUCGCCAACAACUACAUCUUGGCGAUUAACAACAUCGCUACGGCGGAAGCCAUGAAUCUCGGAAUGCGAUGGGGGCUAGAUCCCAAGACCUUUGCGGAUAUGGUCAACACUUCGACCGGCCGUUGUUGGCCGAUGGAGGUCAACAACCCGGUCCCCGGAGUGGUGGCGACGGCACCGGCUUCCCGGGGAUACGAAGGCGGGUUUGGGGUCAGCUUGAUGAACAAGGAUCUGCGCCUUGCGCUUACUGCGGCCAAGGAGUCUGGUACUCCGCUUGCGCUGGGCGACCAGGCCCGUGGCGUGUACAAUUCCGUGGAGGAGGAGCACCGAGGCAAAGACUUUUCGGUGGUAUACAAAUGGCUUCAGGAUCGGUCCCAGCAGUAA